AGCAGCAGCAGCAGAAGAAGAAGAAAUAGAAAUGUCAUCUGAAAUUCACCAUUGAAGUAGCUAGCAGGUUUCACUUUCUCAUACAUCAUGGAUUGCUAAAUAAAAAGAAGAAACGGCAAUACAUACAACGUUGUCAAGGAGUAAUCUGCGAAUAUGACAAAUGUGUAUUCUUUCGAUGGCAUCCUGGUGUUUGGGCUGCUUUUCAUCUGCACAUGUGCAUAUCUCAAAAAGGUGCCUCGUCUGAACAGCUGGCUACUUUCAGAGAAGAAAGGGGUGUGGGGUGUCUUCUACAAAGCUGCAGUAAUUGGAACACGGCUUCAUGUUGCAGUGGCGAUUUCCUGCCUGGCCAUGGCCGUCUAUGUGGUCUUCUUGAAAUGAGACUAGAUUGGAAAGGACUUGAUGGAACAGGCUGGGGAUGAUUUCAUCUCUGUUGUCAUUUAUUAAUUCUUGUUGUGGGAC